AUUGCCAGUGAACCAUAAGAAGUGCUGCAGACAGAGCAGGUGGGGGAAGUUGAGCUCACCUUUUGGCAGGAGCUGAAGACUUGGGAAAGUGGAAAAGGUGGAGAGUACUGAGAACUUAGGAGAUGAAAGCCGGGAAAUUAAGAAACAAAUUACAGGGAUGAGAAGAUUAUUGAAUGACAGCACUGGAAGAAUAUAUCAACGAGUUGGCAAAGAAGGGGAAAAACUGAAGGAAGAACCCCAGGAUUUAGAUUUGGCCUGGGAUCAGCGUCUGAAUCCUCCUGCAGAAACCCAAACAAAUCUCCAUCCAUCUCAGAGUGGUACUUGGAAUGAAUUAUCUCCUCAAAGUAGCCACUAUUCAGGGCAAUAUGGAACACGGUCCAAAACUUUCCAGAAUCAAGCAAGAGCUAUAAGUUCAAAUGGAGAAAUUCCGACAACUAAUUCCUCCUCUGGCUCAAAUUGUUGUACUUGUAAUUGCCAACCAGCAUUGCAGGCCAUUCUUCAAGAGCUUAAGACCAUGAGAAAGAUAAUGCAGAUUCAAGCAGUUGCUGCUCAGAACAGACAACAGCCUCCAGUUCCUUUGGUUUGCGCACAGAAAUCAACCAUGUCAAGAAAGAGAAAUAAAAAGAAAAAAAAUUCCCCAAAGACUAUUGAAUCUCUUACUGUGAAUAGGAAGCUCAGCACUGCAGAGAAUGAAAAAAAGCUGCCAGCAAGUUCUGAAAGGUCAAGUACGGAAGUGACUGAAUCGUCUUUGAAACUGGAACCCCAGGUUUCAGGAUUUGGCAUUGUCCUUGAAUCUUCUUCUUCAGAUCCAGAAGUACAACUUGCUGAAGGUUUUGAUGUCUUUAUGCCUAAAUCCCAACUGGACUCUAUAUUAGCAAAUUACACUCGCUCAGGAAGCCUGCUAUUUCGAAAGCUGGUGUGUGCAUUUUUUGAUGAUAAAACCUUGGCCAACUCUUUACCCAAUGGCAAGAGGAAAAGAGGUCUCAAUGACAACCGAAAAGGACUAGACCAAAAUAUUGUGGGUGCAAUAAAAGUGUUCACAGAAAAAUACUGCACUGCAAACCAUGUGGAUAAACUCCCUGGGCCAAGAGACUGGGUACAGAUUCUGCAGGAUCAAAUCAAACUGGCAAGACGAAGGUUAAAAAGAGGCUCAGCAGAGACAAUUGAGUGUGAUGAGAAACUGGACAUUUCUCUCCUACCAACAGGUAACCUCUUUGAAACCACACAUUCUGCACCAGUGUUUCACUAGCAGAUCCAGACAUCUUCACAUUUGAGUGGGGUACCAGCAACAUUUCCAGACUUCUUCAAUAUCUGAGUUCUACUCUGGUCUGGCCUCAGCCUAAGGUUUUUUUUUUAUAUAUACUUUUGUAACAAAGCAUAACAGAGCCACUAAAUUAUUUGUUUCCUUUAUUUUGAUCAAAAUAGGCUUGUUAGCAGCAAGGAUGUAGUGCAGUUAGUUGGUAACCACUGUGAUAGAACAAAUUUUGCAUCUAUAAUUGCAUUUCUCCACAUACAUAUAUGCAUGCCAGCUAUUCCAUUUUCUGUUAAACAGAGAAAAAUAAACAUAAAAACCUCUCUUCCUCUCAGGAGCAAGUACUGAAAAGAGCCCCUUUUAGUGACUUUUUGUGCAGAAGUCACAGACCCCCAAAGCUGCUAAGUUAAAUGAAUCAUUAAUACUUAUCUGCUCUGAAGUCAUACACACUCUCCCUAACCCCCAGCCUUUGUAAAGAUGGCAAAUUGCCAAAUAACCUUUUCAGAAUAAGAUACAUUGUCAGUAUAUUUGACUGUAAGAACCCCACUAAAUAUAUAUUGCCUGGUCCAAAACACAUAUUGGUGAAUGUGAAAUUAAUUGUUCUUGAUACUGAAAUUCCUCAGAUGUUUUAUUUAUUUAUUUUGCAGAUUCCUCACCACUCCUGACUUUAAAGUCUGGCAGUUAAGUCUUAUGGUUCCCUCAAAAGUUAUUUUAAGUAUUAGUACUGCCAGUAAAUCUUGAAAGCACUUUUAUAUACACAGCUUUUCUGCAAUAUUUGCAUGAGUUGUAGGGAAUAUGCCAUUCCAGUUUGAGUGGUGGCAGUUAGUUUUCACAUAUGCACAUGUCUUCCUCUCAUACCUGAUUUCUCCACUCAAAGUGGACAAAAAUUAGCCUUGAGAGCAGCAUGUCUAGCAUGCAGUUUCACCACAGGGAACAGAAAGUUAUCACACUUUCUCCCAAGGUUGUUUCCCAAAUUUGUGCAAUGAAGGAUAGUUCUACAGUGCAAGGUGAGGGGUACAUAAAAUCUACCCCACUGAGUAUACAACACAUCAUGGGAGCUGGAUGUGCUAUUCAUAUGUAGACUUGAUUUUCAUUAUCGCCUUCCCUUUAAUAAGGGGCAAAAAAUGUGCAAAUUCAGACCUUUGUGUGGAGUGCAGAUGUUCACUUAGUGUGGAGGGGAGAAGCUCAUAAAUCUCUUCACUCUCCACUGAAUUUACAGGCCUCAGUUGUAUCUGUGUGGGUACACGUGUGCUCAUGCCUGCCUACGCACCCAUAUCCUUUCCCAUCCCCACUUUUUCUUCUGUGAGUAGCAACAAGCCAAGAAGGAUGCAAGUUGCUAACUAUUCCAGAAGAUACAAAUUAACACCCCUGCACACUUUCUCCCAAAUUGGAGAAUUUCCAAAAUGUAUCAGUUGUUUGAAAGUACAAUUAAUGGCUAACAUGUGUCUCAGCCAAGCUCCAUACUAAUUCUUCUAUAAGGUAUCUUAGCAUUUCUUUUUGCCCUAGUUUAGGGCUGGUGCUAAGGUCCAAGAUACAAAAUACAGAAUUAACUCUGCACCUUCCUGCAGAAUGAAAAGAAAAACUUUUAUAAAAAUAUCACUUGUGUAUUAACUAAUUUCCACAUUUUAAUGAAAUUCUUUCCAAAGUAUAUACAUUUCUCACUCUUAUGUUUUGAUGGUCUUAUCAUUUAAGGUUGAAACAAAUUUAAGUGUCCUUCCUCACUCCACAAAACGUUGGUUUACUCCAAGCUUCUGCUUUCAAAAUGCAAGUUUGCCAUUGGUAUUCAUAGAUCUGAACACUGACGCUUAACAUAUUAGCCACCAAAUUACCACAGAUUCUGUAUGAAGAUAUGAAUUAGUAUUCUUGCUACCUUGAGAACCAGACCUCUCUCCUAGUCUUUGUGUGGAAUGUGAAGCUAUCAUGGCCAUGGUUCUGAUAAAGACCUAAUAAACCCUAAUACGUGAGAAUUUCAUUGACAGUCAUCAAACAAACCAAUGGACUGUGUUCUAAAUACUUUUCACCUAUUGAGUUUGUUAAAAUUGGGCUAAAUAACAACUUCUCCUGCAGUUCAAUAAAUCUUUUAAGGAAUGUUAAUGUGAUCAAUUUAUUAUUGAAAUGUGGCUGUGAUCUCUUGAUGAAAGAUAAAACUGACUAGUGCUGCAUUCAUUUAAAAGUGCAUUUUUUGCUUGAAGACUGAUGGGACUGCUCUUUCACCAGUGGAAAUCCUCAAUUUCUCCCAUAACUCUACAGAUAAGGCAUUCAUAUUUUAACAGUUAACCUACAAUCAACAUUAUUUUCAUGAAUCUUAAAAACAAUUGUAAUUGUGUCUACUUAACUGUGACUACUGUUCAAAAUUUUACUCAGAAGUCUUUUUAUAGGUUUUAUUAGGAAAAUCAUUCCAUAUUUAGGUAAAAAGUUGUCUCAAUCUUAUGUAUAUAAGUUUUAUUAAUAUGUACAUAUUUAGCUAUUUUUUAAAUUGCUAUGUUCUUAAUAAAACCAACAAGGGACUAGUUGUGAAAUGGUGCAUACGAUUGUGUUGUGUUAUCAAUCUCUGGGAAUCCUUCUUUGUCAAGUUCAGAAAAAAACACAAUAAAUUACUUUAAUUCAA